AAUAACCGUCUCCAGAGCCCUUGAAGACCCUCGGUUUUGUUCUAAUUGAUGUGUGCACAUCUCUAUCUUGCCACAUUGCAACGUUAGGUCACCCACCGUACCAAGAAAGAGCUCUUGCUGAAGCUUGGCGGAAGGCGCGUACUUGGGUUAACCCAACCUUCCGUUGCUUCCUUCUCUCAUACACUCCACUCCAAAUAUCAGGAAGCCGCAACCACCAUCACCACCACGCUCAGAAACUCUUUCAAGACAUCUUCGAAGUUGCAGGCACGCCACUCUAUCCUCCUUCCUGUUGCAAUUGUCGCAACACGUCACUGCCUGCUUUGUUUACGCGUUGUUUGUCGCGUCACUUCCACACCACAAUGGCCGCUCCUACCAUGACGGCAGAGCAGCUUGCCGCUGUCAAGAGAGAUAUGCAGCUUGAGAUUGAGACGCGUAUCGCGAAACUACAAGCCAUCUGCGACGCACAGUGCGAGAGUCUUCAGGCGCGACUCAAUCGCCGACUCAACCGCAUCCCUGCUGCACAACGCCAAUCUCCCCUCGGCGAGGUUCUAUCAACGCACUUUAAGAUAAAUGUCGCACGCUCCCUCGAUGCCGAAGCUGUGUAUGGCAAAGCACCAGUGACGAAGCCCACACCAGCUCCCGCUCCUGCUCCGCCAACUCGCAAGACACGACCAGCUCCUGCCGCACCAGUUGUCAAAAAGGCAGUCAAGGCUACAGUCACAAAGCCUGCCUCAAAGCCUGUCACCAAACCCGCCACUACCAAGUCCGUUCGAGGCACAAAGCGCAGCAGUGACGAUGCCACCAGCGACGACAAGGAGAACGCACAAGAUCUCGCUGUCCCUAAGAAGCGGGUCCGUGCUGCUGUCCAGAAAGCACCAGUCCCCAGCAAGCCUGCGACUGCCCGAACUACCCGUGCCGCUUCCCGCCAGAAGCCUGCGGCCGGUCACGUCCUGUCGCCAAAGAAUGGCAACACCAGCGCCCGCCAGAAGGCAGCCGCUCCUAGCAACGCCCGACCACGCUAGAGGUACUGAUCGGAUAUUGAUUACUUGGAUUGUUGGCGCUGUAUACCACUGGGUGGAGUUUUUGGGCGUUUUUUUGUAUUUAGUAUCCGCCAACCCAGGCCCUUCAUCGCGGCUUGAGGGUAUCCCAACGUGUUGUAGCCGCCCGCAAGGGCCGGCUCCCGUUGGGUGCCCAACAC